AUGGAGAUUAUCGGUGAAGAUGAUAACUGCAGCGCCGGAGAGUCAUAUUAUAUACCGCAUCACGCAGUCCGUAAUGAAAAUAGUACUACUACAAAAUUACGCGUAGUGUUUGACGCAUCGUGUAAAACCGAUACAGGCAUUAGUCUUAAUGACAUUUUAAUGAAGGGGCCUGCGAUUCAAGACGAGUUGUUAUAUAUAUUAGCGCGUUUCCGGACGUAUAAUUACGUUAUAUCGGCGGAUAUAGAAAAAAUGUAUCGACAGAUUUUGGUCACGAAAAAUCAUCGAAGUUACCAACGAGUAUUAUGGCGAGCAGAUUCAACGCAACCGAUACAGAAAUAUCAACUUAAUACGUUAACGUACGGCACAGUCCCCGCGUCAUAUUUGGCAACGGCGUGUUUGGAAAAUUUGGCAGAAGCUGAAUACGAAAAUUAUCCCGAUGCGUGUUUGUCAAUCGUAAGAAAUUUUUAUAUGGACGAUUACUUAGGGGGUGCCAUGAAUAAAUCGGAAGCAUUAAAAUUACGAGACAAUCUUACGGCAAUUAUGAAAGGUGCGGGCUUGGUACUGCGUAAAUGGAUGUCUAAUGAUAGCGACCUAAUCGCAGACGUUCAAUGUACCAGUGGCGGAGUGCGGGCGGUGGGUGAUACUAAGUCAACAAAGAUAUUAGGACUAAAUUGGAAUUCAGAUAACGAUGUGCUAUUAUACACCGUGCGCCAAAUAGAAGAUAAACUAAUAACAACAAAACGAAAAAUAUUAUCCGAAAUAGCGACCAUAUUUGACCCGUUAGGACUGCUCGGCCCAGUAAUAGUAAAUGCAAAGUUAAUAAUGCAAAACCUGUGGCAGGUAAAGGCUGGUUUUGAUGAUCCACUACCGGAGAGCAUUCAAAACGAAUGGCUUAAAUGUCGGGACGGCCUGUCACAGUUAAACGAAAUAUCAAUACCACGAAAAAUAAUAUGCGACGGUAUAAAUAUAGAAUUUCAAGUGCAUGGUUUUGCAGAUGCGUCCUUAAAGGCGUAUGGCGCCUGCCUAUAUCUGCGUAGCACUGAUUUGGUAGGAAAGAAUGUCGUAAAUUUAAUUUGCGCAAAGUCAAAGGUGGCGCCAUUGAAAGUCAUAUCGCUACCACGUUUGGAGUUGUGUGCCGCACUACUAUUAGCCCGGCUAGCAAGCCGAGUAAUCCCAAAAUUAAAUUUACCUAUAGUCCAGCGUCGAUUCUGGAGUGACUCGAAGGUAACACUCGCAUGGAUAUCGUCACCAUCAACCCGAUGGAAGACCUUUGUAGCCCAUAGGGUCGGGGAGGUGCAAGAUUUGACGUUAUUUAGUGAAUGGGCACACGUAAGUACGCUGGAUAAUCCGGCAGAUCUUAUAUCACGUGGCUGUGAGGCAAAACGUAUAAAGGAAAAUGCGAUUUGGUGGCAUGGCCCCAAGUGGCUCAGCGAGGAGAGUACAGCGUGGCCAAUUGUCGAAUCGAAAGCGUAUACUGCGACAGACACAAAUAUACCCGAGGCGAAAGAUAACACCACGACGGCAGAAACGUGCAGUUUAACUUGUACAGCGAAAUGUAAUUAUCCACUUUUAUCCGAACGGUCUUCGUUAAGUAAAAUCAUACGUAUAACGGCGUAUUGUUUACGCUGGCGAAAGAAAAAAUUGAUUGUCGGCCCAUUGCAAGCAUUCGAGUUAGAAUACGCAAACCUCGCAUUGAUAAGAAUGGUGCAGCUAGAACACUUCGACAAGGAAAUAAAAGCUUUAAGCGGAAGUACACAAGUAGCCACAACAAGCAAACUAUUUAGAUUACGACCAUAUUACGAUAAAGAAAAACUUCUACGCGUCGGCGGUCGAUUAAAAAAUGCAAUAAACCUGGACAUGCAUCAGCGAAACCCGAUAGUCCUACCCUUUGAUAGUGCGAAAGGUCCGUCAGUAAGAAUUGGGACAGUGGUAAUACUUCGGGACACCAACCUGCCUCCUUUGCAGUGGCGCUUAGGACGAGUGGUCAAGGUCGAGCCUGGUGCAGACGGUGUGAUCCGUGCAGCAUCGGUUCAAACCAGUAGCGGUGUAUGGAAAAGGGCGGUGCGCUUACUUUGUCCUUUGCCAUUUGAGGGGAAUGCGAUUUAG